CAAUAUUUGAUCUCCAAGACCAGGGUGGAAACAUUGUCAACGUCACCACUGCCCAUAUUAUCAUUAAGACAGCGACAAUAUCAGACUAUACGAUAGGCCUUAACAUCAUGUGUGCUACUGAUAAGUCCAACAUAAUGUGUCCAU